AUGCAGCGCUCCUUGGAACAAAGGAUUGCCAUCAGGUUUUGUGUGAAACUUGGAAAGUCUGCAGUGGAAACUUUUCCCAUGAUAAAGACAGCCUUCGGAAAUGAUUGUUUGUCGGAACGUCAGGUCUACCGGUGGCACAAGGCCUUUUUAGAAGGCCGUGAAGAGUUCGGCGAUGAAGCCCGCGCCGGACGGCCAUCAACAAGCACCACCGACGAAAAUGUGACGCAUGUGAGAGAAAUUUUGAACUCAGACGGUCGUUUGAGUGUUCGUUUAAUGGCACAGACAUUAAACAUUCCAAAAAGUACCGUUCACGAAAUUGUGGUGAACAAUUUGCAGAUACCGAAAAACAAUGUCAUCACAGGUGACAAGACUUGGGUAUUUGAGUACGACCCUGAAACAAAAAGGCAAAGUGCCGAGUGGCACAUAUCAGCAUCCCCUUGCCCCAAGAAGGGCAGAAUGAGCAAGUCAAAGGUUAAGGUCAUACUCAUUGUGUUCUUUGACAUCAGGGGGCUCGUCCACCUUGAGUUUGUACCACAUGGUACAACCAUCAACGCCAAAUU